CGUCAUCUCGGGCCUCCAUAAAUCAACGGUCCAGUUUGCUCAGUAGCAUCAUACAUCUUUCUCUAUACUCGAAAAUACGGAGUACAAUCUGAAUCAAUCACAUAGCGAUUAGCGCCGAUGGCUCUGCAGGUGUACAGUUUUGCUCCAAGGACCCCGAUACCGUACAAUUCUGCGUCUCCGGCGAUUAUCGCCUCUGCAAAGCAGUGUCGCCUCACUGUGUGCGCGGGCGCGGCGACGGAUUACCUGCAGCUGAGUGCGAAGAGGGAGAGACGGCUGAGGACGAAGGCUAGUUCCGAACCAGAGGCGGCUGCGGCUGCGGCUGCGGGACAAGUUACGGAGGUAAACAAGGAUACAUUCUGGCCGAUUGUGAAAGCCGCCGGCGAUAAGAUUGUCGUCCUCGAUAUGUACACUCAGUGGUGCGGCCCGUGCAAGGUGAUGGCUCCAAAGUUUGAAGAAUUGUCUGGAAAGCAUGAGGACGUCGUGUUCCUAAAAUUAGACUGCAACCAAGAAAACAAGCCAUUGGCAAAGGAGCUUGGGAUAAAGGUGGUUCCCACAUUCAAAAUAUUGAAGGAUGAAAAGGUUAUUAAAGAAGUCACAGGGGCUAAAUUUGAUGAUUUAGUCCAUGCAAUUGAGAUCAAAUUCAAGUAGCUCACAUGUAGCUCGACUCAUAAAUUGAUCUCAGGUUCAUCGAGCAUCAAAGUGAGGGACAAUGCUACCGGGAAUGCUUAUGAUGUUGUCGCCCAUGACAUAUCUUUCGAUUCCACCAAGUUGAGAGCUAACAUUGUUUCUACCCUUGUGUUAGUAGCCGUUGUUCUCGGCCUGAUUGGAUGAGCACUCGAACGAGAAGCAUAUGGUCGUUUCGUGUCGCGUUCGCGUUGUGUAGUGAAUGGCUUGGCAAUGGAUCGGAUCUCCAAGCUGCAAGGUGAAAUGUAGUGUUAAGAAUGGUGGAAAUGUGAGAAUUGUUUCCUUGACGUUUUUAAUCCUCAAGAGAUUGCUGCUUUUAAAAUAUUUGCUUGAAAUGUGAGACUUAUUUAGUUUCGAUGAUAUAGAAAUUACCCAAGCAAUGUAAAGUGAAAUGACUACAGUUUCUUUCAUUUGUUAUAUUUAAUUGAAGUCGUAAGUUUGCCUUA